UCCAGCACUCAAAGCUUCGUACGUUCAAUUGCAACCUAUAACUAAUAUACUGCACUGGACUGUUUCUAAAAUCAGACGGUGAAGGGUACAGACGCGCCUCGUCAGACCAGCAACAAGUAGCAGUCUCUCUCUUCCUCUCUCUGUCAGCACGCUAGUAUAAAGGAAGCAGCCCCAGCGUUCUCGGGCUCAUUCGAUAUUCAGACGGCGAAGCGUGUAGACGCAUCUGAUCAGACCAGCAGCAAGCAGCAGUCUCUCUCUCUCUUCCUCUCUCUGGCGGCACGCUAGUAUAAAGGAAGCAGUCCCCGCGUUCACUGGCUCAUUCGAUAUUCAGACGGCGAAGCGUGUAGACGCAUCUGAUCAGACCAGCAGCAAGCAGCAGUCUCUCUCUCUCUUCCUCUCUCUGGCGGCACGCUAGUAUAAAGGAAGCAGUCCCCGCGUUCACUGGCUCAUUCGAUAUUCAGACGGCGAAGCGUGUAGACGCAUCUGAUCAGACCAGCAGCAAGCAGCAGUCUCUCUCUCUCUUCCUCUCUCUGGCGGCACGCUAGUAUAAAGGAAGCAGUCCCCGCGUUCACUGGCUCAUUCGAUAUUCAGACGGCGAAGCGUGUAGACGCAUCUGAUCAGACCAGCAGCAAGCAGCAGUCUCUCUCUCUUCCUCUCUCUGGCGGCACGCUAGUAUAAAGGAAGCAGUCCCAGCGUUCACUGGCUCAUUCGAUAUUCAGAUGGCGAAGCGUGUAGACGUGUCCAGGAAGACCAGCAGCAGUCUCUCUCACCUUCUCUCACUAGCUGCUCGCAAGAAUAAAGGGAGCAGCCCAAUCGUCCACGGACUCAGUCCAACAACUGACAACAAAACGUGUAGGCGUACCCAGUCAAACCAGCAGCAAGCAGCAGUCAUGGAACAGCGCAAUUUUGUUGUAGCACCGGUCAGAAAUCACGACAAUGGCGCAGUUGGUACUACGAACGAAAAACCCAAAAGGAAACGAAACAAAGAGGUAACAAAAAAGAUGCUCAUGGAGGAACUAUCAGCUGUUAAAGAAGAGUUAACUAAAAUUCGAAACGAGAAAGACGCUCUUCUACUCAAUAUAUCCAAAACGACAGUACAUAAUAAGGAUCAAGCUACUUGUUCAAGUGCCCCACAUGAGGAUUUAACCGGAACAGUCAACGAAACACUACUAGCAAGUGUGAACAACAUGUCACUCAGCACAAUGAGCAUUCCAGAAUGUGUGCCAUCAGAAGGAGAAGUGGACAUCGAUAAGAAAGGCUACGAAUAUUGGAAGAAUAUUCUGGUUGCUUCGCUGAAUCUUAUUCAAGCCACUGAUGAAAGAACCAAAAUUGAUGUUUUUAGAAUCAAAGCGGGACCUAAGCUGUUGGAGCUUUUGCAUGGAACCAGUUCUUCGGCGGAAAUGCCUGACGAAAGCAGUCAUCCGUUUGGCAAUGCACUUGCUCGGCUUGAUUGUUACUUCGGAUCGAGAGCCUAUAUGCUUUCACAACGAAGCAAACUUCUCAACACGAUACAACAGUCUGGAGAAACAAACAUACAAUUUGUUCGGCGUGUGGCGGCGUCUGCAAAGCUGUGCGGUUACGAUAAAGAGGAUGAUGAGAUGGAAGCAGUAGCACGUACACUAAUCAAAAGUUCAACCGAUAAACGCGUGCGUACCUUGGCACAUCGUAAUUGA